UUCCUCUUCUUCUUUCUCUUCCCAGAUUUCUAUCAGAUCUGUACUUUUUCUUUUAUUAAAUCGACUCAUUACGCUCAAAUGCGCCUUCUUUUGGCGGCGUAACUUCACUUUUCAUUUUGUUUCCUCUUUUACUGACACUUCCAAAUAAUGGCGAUCGUCGGCCCGAUCACUCCCGGUCAGGUUUCGUUUUUUCUCGGCAUAUUUCCGGUUAUUUCAGCUUGGAUCUACGCGGAAUAUUUACAAUACAAGAAAAAUACAUCCGCGUCCAAAGCACACUCCGAUGUGAAUUUAGUCGAAAUCGGAAAUGGUGCCGUGAAGGAGGAAGAUAGAGCGGUUUUAUUGGAAGGCGGUGGUCUUCAAUCUGGUUCUCCUAAAGCGCGGUCUUCAACAUCUUCCUUUUCGCCAAUUCUCAAGUUUCUUAUGAUGGAUGGGACAUUCUUGGUUGAGAAUCGGUUGACACUUCGAGCUAUAUCUGAAUUCGGUGUUCCUUUGGUAUACUAUUACCUAUGUGACCGAACUGAUGUGUUUGCCUCUUCGCAAAAGAAUUACAAUCGGGAUCUUUUCUGGUUCCUCUACUUUCUUCUCAUCAUAGUUUCGGCAAUAACUUCAUUCAAGAUACACCAUGAUAAGCCACCGUUUUCAGGGAAAUCUAUACUUUAUUUGAACAGACAUCAAACUGAGGAAUGGAAAGGUUGGAUGCAGGUACUAUUUUUGAUGUACCAUUACUUUGCAGCUACAGAGAUUUAUAAUGCUAUCCGAAUUUUCAUUGCUGCUUAUGUGUGGAUGACCGGAUUUGGAAAUUUCUCAUUUUAUUAUGUGCGCAAAGAUUUCAGUCUUGCUAGGUUUGCACAGGUAUGGCUUAUGAGUUCCCCUAAAUUGAAAAAUAUAUUUACUCAUUAUAAUUUUUCCAUGUUCCAAGUUCCAUUAUUGACUAUUUUGGCUGAACAGAUGAUGUGGCGGCUCAAUUUCUUGGUAUUCUUUUGCUGUGUUGUCCUCAAUAAUAGUUAUAUGUUGUACUAUAUAUGCCCCAUGCAUACUCUAUUCACUCUUAUGGUUUAUGGGGCACUUGGUAUUCUGAACAAGUACAAUGAGAAAGGAUCAGUCAUUGCUAUAAAAAUCAUUGCCUGCUUCUUGGUAGUUAUCCUAGUCUGGGAAGUGCCUGGAGUAUUUGAAUUCCUCUGGAGCCCAUUUUCCUUUUUCCUUGGAUAUACUGAUCCCGCAAAGCCCAACCUUCCUCGCAUGCAUGAGUGGCAUUUCCGCUCAGGCCUUGAUCGUUACAUUUGGAUUAUUGGAAUGAUAUAUGCAUAUUACCAUCCAACUGUUGAAUGGUGGAUGGAAAAACUCGAGGAAACAGAGGUGAAGAGGAGAGUAUCAAUCAAAAUAGCUGUGUCAAUAAUUGCCAUUACGGUUGGAUUUCUCUGGUUUGAGCACAUUUACAAGCUUGACAAGAUCACUUACAAUAAGUACCAUCCUUAUACCUCAUGGAUCCCAAUAACUGUUUAUAUAUGUUUAAGAAAUGUUACCCAGUCCUUCAGAAGCUACAGUUUAACCCUUUUUGCUUGGCUUGGAAAGAUUACACUGGAGACGUAUAUCUCACAGAUCCACAUCUGGCUAAGAUCCGGGAAUCCAGAUGGUCAGCCUAAGCUGCUGCUUUCUCUGAUCCCAGACUACCCGAUGUUGAAUUUCAUGCUUACUACUUCCAUAUACCUUGCAAUAUCUUACAGACUCUUUGAUUUAACAAAUAUACUGAAAUCAGCUUUUGUGCCAACCAAAGACAACAGGCGCCUCGUCCACAAUUUGAUUACUGGUGUUGUAAUCUCCAGCAUAUUAUACUCGUUAUCUUUCGUGUUCCUCAGAAUCCCUCAGAUGAUGGUGUGAGAAUUAUAAAUAUCGAAACACUAGAAGGCUGCCACGACAACAUUGUUCAUCACUGUGCCAUUGGUAGUGUAUACCUUCGCAAUAGAAACGUAAAAUUGCUGAACUCAAUCGGAGGAGUCCUCAUUUUGUGGAACAGAUCAUGGGGAACCUUGGAAUAUGUAAGGGAAGGAUCUAAAUUCAGUCUAGAACCUCCAGUUUGAGGUUUGUUAGUUUUGUUCUUUCUGAUUGUUUUUCUUAGAGCAGUGCAAUAUAUUAACUAAAUGAUUCA